GCGACAACAACCUUUGAUCCUUUACCGGCUGUAUUGCUUGAAUGACAAAGUCUUCAGUCUGCACCAGAGAGAAAGCUGGUAGUACGGCAAAGUAGCACUGCAUACAUUAUUUUGUUGGAAGCCAGUCCCAGCGUUCACUACGGUACCAGGUACCAUACCAUUACGGUCCAGCAAUCCGGAUUUGUUCUCCAGAUCUACAUGUAGUACAUGUACCGGUAGCUAGAAGUUCAACCUUUGCUACCUAUCUAGUUUGGGUUCAUGAAUGCGAUCGUGGGUUGGUGACCGCAGAUUAAUUGGAAAAGAAGAACCAACCAACACCCAACCAAGCAAAUCAUCUAUUAGUAAACAAACGAUACGAUACAACCAUGGCCGACGCUUUCGAUAUCAACCCAACAGAACUCCAAGAGGAAGUCUUUCAUAGGGCGGCUAAAAGCCAACCUGAUGACACUACGGUGCCUCCAUCGAAAGAGUCGAACAAGAACAACCUAGAUGUUGUCAAAUCAAUUGAGUCAUCACCAUCCUCACCAUUCCAAGCCUUUGUCGACAAUGUGUUUUCCACCAAAGAACCCAAGCCAAAACAAAAUGAGAACCAGCAACAUGAAGAGUCGCCAUCGACGAGCAAGGAUCAAGUCUCAUCAACCUUGGAAAUCCCCAGCCUCCUUGACAGCACCAGCAGCAAGACUCCAUCACCAGACAAGGCCAGCAAAAGCAGCGAGCAAGAAGACAAAGAAGUUGGUUUUGGAAGCUUCCUUUCGCAAGCCACAAAAGGGUUCAUGAGUAGUACCCCUGGAGCUGUCAAGGCAACAAGCAACAAACACUCUCUGGAGGAUGACGAUGACAGCGUUGCCGGCAAAGCAGGCUCCGUCAAGAAGGAGGAAGAACAGGAAGUCACACCACAGCUUAUUGAUGGCCUUCUCGGAUUCGUGAGCAAUUCCGGCAGCACCACUGGCGCCCCCGGUGAGGAAGAAGAGGUGGCCCAUGUUCUAGAGGAACACACGUACAGCCAACCAACCAAUUGUGAUAUUUGCAAAGGCUUACUGGUAGGACUCUGGUCCCAAGGACUCCAGUGCAAGCUAUGUGGGCUCAAUGUGCACCGUGGAGAGGGGGUUCGUGGUCAUGAUGAUUGCCAUGCGGAAGCUCUUCUAAAAGGCUGUCCCGGUUGUCGCAAUGAGGAGUUUUGUUCGCCAACAACUAAUCCUGUGCGGAUGCGGGAUGUCAUUGGUCAACUGCGACAGAGAGCCCAGGAGGAACCCAACUUUCUACAAGAAAUCAAGGAGCAAGCGGACAAAGACAUCCAUACACAUAUCAAGGAUAUCAUAGUGUCCAAAUCAACAGAUGAUCAGCGGACCAAGAACUUGCUGCGGGCUCGAAAUUUCAUUGUUCCCUUUACUCAAAGGUUGGACAGCAUGGAAUCAAAUGAACUCUGGUUUAUCUAUUCACUUUUGUUCUUGGGGCAUUUGGCUGUCGGUGCUCUGGUUUCUUGUAUUUCCUGGAUUGGCUUUAUGCUGGUGCUCUGUCCCAGGUCUGGCCUCUUGUCCACCCCAUCCUUGAAGUUGGCUCAUAUUCACGGCAUGACGGUCCUGUAUGCAUUCCAUGCCUCGGUGGUCCUACUUGUGUUGUUGCUGCGACGUCUCAUUAGUGUGAUGAAUCGCAAGUCGAAUGUAUUGGAUCAGUUCUUGCGAGAAAUGUUCACAUUGGAAGCAGAGGAUGACUUGGGUAUCACUGUGAAAGGCCUUGCCAAGAGGGCUCAGCUGUGGAUCCAUCGUGUUACAGUGUCAAGUUGUUGCAUGUGCCUGGUGGCACUGCUACUGUGGCAGGCAUCACAGCCCUGGUCCUUACUGUUCCACCCAUCGAACGUUUGUUCCAAUAGUGAUGAUUGUAGUCAGGAGUUUUGUUGGAAGCUGGAGACAUAAAUUUUCACAUAAUGGACUACAACGCACUUUAGAAAAGCAUCUCUUUUGCUGGCCUAUUUUCAUCUAGCGGUACCAUACCGUACCUACAACAAGGUACGUCCUCUAUAUCCUUUGGGAGCGCCGAUGUAUUGAUUAGUAUGCAUACUGCUGUUGUGGAUUGUUGCCACUCGAUUCGAUUCUACAUGUAGCUACUUGGCCAAAUCUUUCUCGACAGCCUCCCAGUCGAUGGUUCCAUCCGAUACUGGUUCUCCUGGAUUUCUCAAAAAGUGCAAAGGGCUGCGUUUGGCAUCGGAUCCAAAGAACUGUCCACUUUCUUCUUUGGUAGUCUCGAAUAGACAGUGACGAAUGGCAACAGUUCCUUCCUCUGGAGGUUUUCCACCGGGCCAUCCGGCCGUAAUGGCGGUAUCAAUGUAUCCCGGAGUCAAGCAGUAGACACUUAUAUUUUUGGGCGCCAAUGUCUUGGCGAGCAUCAUGGUGUAACAUGUGAGCAAUGCUUUGGAGAGUCCGUAGUGGUCCGUGCCCACUUGUCCGUGGGCAGGGUCGUCUUUUGGGACACCUCUAUCGUAUUCCUCUUUGAUUUCUUCCCAUGUAAUGUCGGGAUUGCACAAUUUCUUUUGACGUUCGAUGGGUUGACUCCGUACGUAUAGAGGUCCCGAGCCACUUCCGACAUUGACAAUUCUAGAUGCUUGCGGAUCGAGCAAUUCGGUAAAGGCAUCGACGACGCGCUUGACGCCCAUGAGAUUUACAUUCAAGACGGUUUCGUUGGUGACGCCGUGACCCAGACCUGUUCCGGCAUUGUUGACAAUGGCAGUCAAUUUGACUCCUUUUUCUUUUAGCGAAGCCGCUGCCUUGGUGACGGAAUCGUCACUUCCCACAUCGAUCUGAAGCAGUUCCACUUGACCCUUACUGUCGCCACCCGCAUACUCUUUCACUUGCUGGACUGCCGUAGCGCCCUUAUCGGCACUACGAGAUCCCAAAAACACCUUGGCGCCGUGAUCUUUGCACAGUUGCUUGCAUAGCGCCAGUCCAAUGCCUACAAUAAUUUUAAAAUUCAGAAAAUACACAUGAAAAAGCCAUCAUACCAAAGAAACUACUAUCUAGUACUAGUAUGCUGUAGCGUGGCUCUUCUUACCUGUGUUGGCACCUGUCA